AUGGAGGGAGGGAAACAAACAGGUUCUUCAUUCACUUCUGAUCUUUUUGGUUCUAAGGAUAAGGAUUCUUCUGCUUCAUCGUCUUCUGGGAUUUUCGACUCAAUUUUCGCACCUUCUACUCAGGUCUCCAGACAAGCAUCUUUGAGUCCUCUGGAAUCCGAGAAGAAGCACGACUCUGGAAAUACAGUUUGGAGUGCCAAUACUGGGGUUAUAGGCAAUAACUCUCGGAGUGGUGAAGGUCAGAGGCAGAGCAUACCAAGCAAAGACCCAAGUGUGGGUUAUCAGGAGGAAAAAGUACAACCAUUUCACUACAGCUCGUCGAUAUACUAUGGUGGUCAAGAUGUCUAUUCUCGUCCUCAGAAUACUCAGAACCCAGGACCAACUACUUUCGGUAAAGAUGGGGAAGAAGAUGACUCAGGCAGUGCUUCUAGAGGGAACUGGUGGCAGGGCAAUAACUCUCGGAGUGGUGAAGGUCAGAGGCAGAGCAUACCAAGCAAAGACCCAAGUGCGGGUUAUCAGGAGGAAAAAGUACAACCAUUUCACUACAGCUCGUCGAUAUACUAUGGUGGGCAAGAUGUCUAUUCUCGUCCCCAGAAUACUCAGAACCCAGGACCAACUACUUUCGGUAAAGAUGGGGAAGAAGAUGACCCAGGAAGUGCUUCUAGAGGGAACUGGUGGCAGGGAUCUCUUUACUAUUAA